AUAAACUGUCUCCCUACAGCUUCCUGAGUCCUCAAUCACUGUGACCUUCAAUCAUGGUGGACCUGUUUGUUGAUCGGGUCCUGGUGAAGAACAACAAGGACCGGGACGAGCUGGACACAGAGCGUGAGAUCGCCAUGAGCCUGCAGAACCGCAUCCUGAUGCUCUUCUUUGCCUCUGCUGCACGCGACAGGUGCCAGCCGUUCGCCCUCACACUCACAGAUGUGUUCAAACGGUUGACAGAUGAGUUCUAUGUGGAUCGCUCUGCUCAGCUGGCUCUCCUGUACAUCAGUUUGGACGAGUCAGAGGAACAGCAAGAAAGCUUCCUCAAAGAGCUGCCCAAGAAGUGCCUGUUCCUGGCCUAUGAGGACCCCUACAGGAGGGAGCUGGAGGCCAUGUUCAAUGUGGAGGAGCUGCCCACAGUUGUGGUGCUGCGGCCCGACUGCUCCGUCCUCGUCCCCAACGCAGUGGAGGAGAUCCUCCGCCUCGGCCCGGACUGCUACCGCAACUGGCAGGAGGCGGCAGAGCUCGUCGACAGGAACUUCAUGAUCAGUGAGGACUUCGAGGGGAAGUCCAUGCGCAGCUUCACUGACCCCCUGAGAAGACUCAAGUACAAGGUGGAGGAUGGGAAGAAGCAAGAGAAGAAGCGUGGAAGGUGGGGUGAAGGCGGAGAGGCAGAGGUGGAUGGAGGAGAAGGAGGAGGAGGAGGAGGAGGAGGGUCGUGGUGAUGGAGACCAAAAGCAAGAGAUUGUGGAAAAGUUGCCAUGAUUAGUAAAACCUUUGGCACAAUAACCAUUUUUCUGGUGCUGCCCGCAGUGUGACACAACAAAAUCAUUUUUCACGACUGAAUAUCAGACAUUCAUGAAGUAGAAAUGUCAAACCAAUGUUGUGAUUGGUCCGAGCUGCAAACACAUCCUCAGAUAUGAGUGGACCUGCUGACUACCAAUAAAAAAAGUUAUGUACCACACUGAUGGAACCAUGA